UUUUACAAUAAAAAAUUUAUUAACCUUCCAUUUUUGCUCUUUGGUCUCAACAAUUUUCGUUAGGGUGUUGUUUAUUGGCAUUGAAAUGUUUUUAAUUUUAUGUUUGGAAAUUGAAAUACAAAAGUAAUUUCAAAAUGCUACUACAUCUAAAAAACGCUUUAUCGAAAAUAAUACAUGGCGACGAUAACUUCUGCUGUUUAUGUUUUCAAAACUUAGAUGAUAAAUCGUUUGGUAUCACCGAUAAAGUAUUUAUCGACGAAAAUGAGAAUAUGCAGGAAGUUUCUGUUUUAUUGAGAUACAUCUUCGGCGAAGCGUUCUUAGACGCAAUGUCCAAUUUUAUCGCCAUAUGUAAGUCUUGUAAGCUUUCCUGUGUGCUCAGCUACAAAUUUAUCAAAACGUGCAAACAAAACUGUGAGGAUCUUACUAGUGCUAUAGACAGCAUAUCGGAUUCCUUUCAAAAUACUAUUCCAGAUAUUAAUUAUUACGAAAACCUCUAUGUCACUUUGAAUGUUAAAGAUUUUACAAGUCAACAGUAUUAUGACGACAGACGGCUCAAACGGUCGCAUGUUAGUAGUAGACUUAAUCAACUAGCUCUUACAAUGAAAGAAGAUGGAUCUGAAAUCAAAGUAAAAUCAAAACGUAGAUGUGAUUCAAUAAACUACGAUAUACCUGAAAUUCCAACUGAAGAAAUUAGUUUAAACAUUAGAGAUUCAGAAAGUUAUCUUUGUACAAUAUGUAACAGGAAUUUUCACUCUGAAUCUAAAAUAAGGAGACAUUUCUUUAAACUUCAUUAUUCAAGAGAUUUUAAAUGUACUAAAUGCCCCAGAGCCUUUAUUACAGAACAGCUGCUAAAACAACAUGAGAUUGAUUUGCACAAAAGUGGAGUUUGUAAGGAAUGUGGCAAGUAUUUUUGCAACAAGUAUGUUUUGAAAAAGCAUGAAUUAAACCACAAUCUCAGAGUAAUAUGUUCAGAUUGUGGCAGAGUAUAUCGAAGUAAAGAGGCUUUUAAUAAUCAUAAAAGAGAUAAAGUAUGUCAACAGAAAUCUAAGAAAUCAUCUAAAGAUGGAGAGUAUCAAUGUGAUCAUUGUAAGAAGACAUACUGUACUAAAGCCUAUUUGGCCAAACACUUGAAAUACGAACAUGGAACAGCUGAAGGAUUCCGGUGUAGUUAUUGCAACAAACAGUUUUAUUCAAAAAGCAAGCUUGAUACUCAUAUUGUAAAACAUACACAAGAAAAGAAGUUUGCUUGUGAAAUUUGUAAUAGACGGUUUGGUACACAAAUGGCAUUGGUAUACCAUACACGUCUUCACACUGGGGAAAAACCAUAUAGUUGUGAAUUCUGUAAUGCAGCGUUCAUAUCUGCUUCUCGGCGCUUGGAACAUAUGAGAAGACAUCAUAUGGAACCUAACUUAGAAUGUGACAUUUGUCACAGCAAAUUUAAGGCCACUGGAUCUCUGUUGAAACAUAAGAAAAGACAUUUCAAUCCCAAGAGUAGACUGAAUGCAUCUAGAUUUUUACAAAAACCUGACGGUAAUAGUGUUGAGGUGUACAAAUGAUUUCCCAUUAUUGCUCUUUACUCAACCUGUAGACGACAAUAGUUCAAUGAUUCUCCCAAAACUGAACAACUGUGUUUUGACUCAACAAUUUUAAGAAAAAUCUAUUUUUUAAAUGAUAUGUGUAUUGGACAAACUGUGGUUAGCGACACUCUCAACAGUUGUAGUGUCACUUUAAGAGUUUUAAAUUGCAAAGUUAUGAGAAGACUGCCACAGUACAUGUCACCCUAAGACAAAAGUUGACAAGUCCCAUGUAUCCUUUCUUUCAUCCUUCAAAUAUGGAACAUAGCAAUGCUCACGUUACUACUUGACAUCAGAAAAAGGAACUCCUCCGAUACGAAAUGAAUAUAGUCAGUAGAAAAACGUAAAGUCUAAAGAAGCUUAACAUACUAACAGGAGCCAAUUACAAAGACAACAGCAAAAGGCACAACAAGAAAGUAGCGGAUUAUCCAAAAAGUAGUGGAUUAUCUGACUACUCAAGUACUAAAGACUGCUUAGAUAGAGAUGAAACAGGACUGAUUUAGAAAAAAAUCCAAACCAAUGAUAUACAUAUGUUUUCAUUACUAAAGUUUAUAUUGAGUGGUCAGAAAAAUAUAAGAGAACCAAGGUAUAAAUAAGAAAUUUAAAGUAUGUUUGUUUUACUAGGUCAAUUCUGUCCCUUAAAAGCUGAAACUCUGUAAGUCUCUUUGAGCCAAGUGGGACUUAGUCAGUUUCAUCUUUAAUUAAUAGCCUUCAAUAAUUUAUCUAUUAAUUAAUCAAUGAAAACUUUUUAUACUGAAAAAAUAGUUCCUAUUAAAAUAAAGACAUUAAUCUUCACUUCACAAAAUUAACAACAAAAUCUAUGUCAGGGCAUUGUUUCCGUUUACCAUAAUGGUAAUCCUGUGGUUGGCCCUUAAAAAAAUGAAAAAGAUCAGUGAUAAACUCCACUGCAAUUUGAUGAGCGUAAAAGAUCAUUUCUUUUACCAGCAUUCUAGGCAUUUUUGUUUAUUAUGCAUUGUGUUCUUUAGUUCAGUUUGUGGAGAAUUGUCCCGUUAUUCAUUUGGAUUUAAAAUCACAUUUAAAUAUUGUACAUUGUGUAACUUUGUUAAUAUAUUGUUUUUAAUAAAUCCUAGUAUGUACCAUGUGUUUUUUACCCGACUUCAAAAAAGAAGGAGGUUCUAUUUGACUG